AUUGGUGGUCGGAAAGUGUGAUUUCAAAAAAUCUGAUAAGCAUUUGAAAAAAUUAGAUCUGAUAAAAAACCUUCGACCCAUUAGAAACUAGAAACCUUGUCUUCCCUUCCUUCUCUUCAACAUGGCCACCGUCGCAGCUCGCUCUCUCAAGUUUUCAUACAAACAACUACGUUCCUUUGCUACUGAAGCUGUUAUAUCAGGCAGAUCUUCCAAUGCAACACAUUCCUUUCCCUAUUCACCGGCCAUGACUCGUACGGCUUUGCCACCUCCCAUCAUCCCAUUUGCCUGUACACAAGGAAAGGAGUACUUUAGAGAAGCCAUGGACCACGGUACGGCGGAAGGCUUUUUCGGAUUGAUGGGAAACUUUUCAUCUAACGUAUUACCACAGCAUGGGGGACAAGCAUCACUGUCAAUGGUCCUUAAUUCAUUGGAAAUUGACCCAAAGCGAACAUGGAAAGGUGCUUGGAGAUGGUACUCUACGGAUUUACUGCAGGCAUGCUCAUCUCCCAACCAAAUUCAAACUCGUGGAAUCACAUUCACUGAAUUUGCGUGCCUGGCAAGGAACCACUGUCAAGUUACAGAGCAUAAACCUUCAUCCACCGCAUAUUCCACUUUCUUGUCUCAUUUGACCGAAACCACUUCUAGUGCUGAGUCUCACAUGGUUGUCUCCUUCUCAAGAAAAGCCCUUGGUCAAACUAGCCUCAAAGCGAAAACAGGCUUUGCUCCUAUUGGUGGCUACAACCCGCUGCAGAAUAAGGUGUUGCUGAUGGAUAGCUCCCGAUCGGAGUAUCCCUGCGUCUGGGUCGACGCUGCUCUGUUAUAUCGCGCAAUGGCGGAAGUAGAUCCUCUGCUUCAGUCGGAGCGAGGCUACUUUUUGCUUGCUCAGGGCCAGCAACUGGAAACACGCUGCACCUGCCCUAAGAAGUUCUAAACCCUUACCCUACCUGUUAUCAUUGUUACAUUAACCUACUUCCUCCGGCCAUUUGUAUUAUACCAUUUCAUCCCUUCUAUUGUAUUAUGUUUCCAUUAAUGUACAGUCUCUCGCACAUAUUCCCUCCACUCUCGAUCCUCCUCUCUCUGAUUUGAAUUAAAUAUCUCAAUGCAUAUGAAAUUGCCUGACUUGGAUCCGACAAUGCCAGAAAUGUGAUCAACGUACCCUAUGUAAUGCUAUACCUAUUUUACUCCCGGUUAGGUUGAAACCGAGCUUAAUGAGGUUCAGGCGCAGAAUUUUCACUAUGUAAUGACAGUAUGUCACAAAUACCACCAGCCGAUGGUCACAAUACAGAGCUUACAUUGCUUGACUCAAAUUCUAAUCAUACACUUGGUUUGAUAUCUUGGUUGCUAUUACUCGUUAGAUGCACUCGCCUAUAGGACUCAAUGCGGUGUUUGCAAGAUCAUUUUAAACA